GAAAUCUUUAUCAGAUCCAUACGGAAGUGUAUGAAGGUGUCUAAAACAAAGUACAACAGCAACUGUGCAAAAUAAAUGAGAGAGUGAUUUUAUCAUCCCUUAUUCACGGCCACUGCGAUGGAGCCACGGAGGGAAGAUUUAGUACUCGACGCUGAAACACCUCGUGAUGCGCCGGUGAAGAGGGACUACAUGCGACAUGGGGGGCAGGAGUGCAGUCAAUCUCUGUAAUUCAUAGCAGGCGACAUGAUGGUGUGUUUGCGAUUCCACAAGACUAAGUCGAUGUUGGCCGCCCUGUGUGUGUUCGUGCUCUGCUGGCUCUACAUCUUUCCUGUGUACAGGAUGCCAAGCGAUAAAGACAUGGUGGAGGAAGUGCUGCGCCAGGGCCAGGCGUGGACCAAGAACCAGACUGGUAUUGACCUAUACAGGAAGCUGUUAGCUGAAUGCUGUGACCCAAAGAGGAUGUUUGCAUUGACCAUGGAGAAUUCACAGAUUGGCAAAGUCCUGUGGUAUGAUGGCGAGCUCUACCACUACCAUACAGUCAACAAUGACACCUACCCAUUAUUUAUACAGGAUACUCCUUUUCAGCUGCCAUUGAAGAAGUGUGUGGUGGUGGGUAACGGAGGAGUUCUGAAGAACAGCGGCUGUGGCAAAGAAAUCGACCAGGCCGACUUUGUAAUGAGAUGUAACCUACCCCCACUGUCCAAAGAAUAUACUGAUGAUGUAGGCAGGAAGACUCAGUUGGUGACAGCUAAUCCCAGUAUUAUAGAGAAGAGAUUUCACAGCUUGCUCUGGUCUCGCAAGGCUUUCGUGGAAAGCAUGAAAGCUUAUGUCUCCAGCUACAUCUACAUGCCUGCCUUCUCCAUGAAGCCUGGCACAGACUUGUCCCUGCGUGCCUACCAUGCGCUGGCUGAUUCAGCGUCCAACCAGACAGUGCUGUUCGCCAAUCCAGACUUCUUAAAGAAUGUGGGACGCUUCUGGAAGCACCGUGGUGUACACAGCAGACGUCUUUCCACAGGCCUCCUCCUGGUGAGCCUGGCACUGGGAGUGUGUGAUGAAGUGACAGCGUUCGGCUUCUGGCCUUUUGCACUGGGCUUUGACCAGCAGCCUGUCAGUCACCACUAUUACGAUAAUGUGCUGCCUUCAUCUAGGUUCCAUGCAAUGCCAGAGGAGUUCCUGCAGCUCUGGCAUCUCCACAAGAGCGGCACUCUGAGAUUGCGCCUGGGCGCCUGCACUCACUAAAAUACCACAUAUAGGAUGAGGUAUUUUCUUUUUUUAAUUAAAUCUGCCACCCUCACCUACUCUUCAAAUUAGCAUGAGGUGAAAAGAGUGGCUGAAUCUCCUCCCGUUACAAACCUGGUCUAGGUCGGGCUGCAACAUACAAUAAAAUUAAAAAAAAAGAAAAGGGUUGGCGAGACCAAGA